GUCAAAAAGUCAGAAGUGCGUGUGUUGAGGGUGUCGACGUGUCGAGCAUCCGUGGUUUUCAAACUCAAUUUUCGCUCCAAUUUUUCCUAUUUUCCUCCGAAAUUUCAUCCAGCAGCUUGCUACUAAAUGUAGCAUGAAAAAAAGUUCCGAAGUUAUCGGUAACUUGUGCCUAAAGUGUCGUGAAAUUAAUGUUUAAAAAUGGGCAUCGUCGGUUUGGUUACGUUUCUCACACGAAUCGGUGGCUGCCGGGGAGUGAACAUUCUGGACGAGAUCCGGAAGUGCGACAAGAAAGAGCCCCUGAUCGUGAUCGAUCUGCUGACGGUGAUCUGCUCGCUGAGUGGCCCGAUGGACGAGCAGAUCUACGGCUGCCGGAAUCAGUUUGCGUGGACGUACGCGACCCAGUUCUGCGACCGGAUGAUCGAGGCCGGAGCCCGGUUGGUGUUCUUCAUCGAUGGAAAGCUCCACGAGGGCAAGUAUAAGCACUGGAUCCAGCGGCAGGAGAAGGUCUACGGGGAAUGUCUGAAGAAGCUGGAUAGCAUUCCGGCGGAGUUCCGUGGGAAGAAUCGGGGGAACAUUCAGGGCAAUGUGGUAAAACAUGCCUUCAUUGCGGCACUGGUGGCCGCAGCUCGGAAGAAGGGAGUGCUUAUUACGACUUACGAUGUGGAAUGUGAUCGGGAGUUGGCGGCGUUCGCGAGGAAACACGACGCCCUGGCCAUUAUUACCGGGGAUUCGGACUUCCUGAUCUACGAGGGGAACUUUAGGCUUUGGUCCAGUUCGGACCUGAAUUUGGAACUGAUGAGGACGUACGAGUGGAACCGGGAGGAGCUUCGCAAAGCUCUAAAGCUGGAGUGGAGCCAUAUGCCGUUCUUUGCGGCCGUUGCCGGAAACGACCACUUCAAGAAUCGGCCGUCCGGAGUGUGCACCUUCUACAAUGUGGCCCAGAAGGUGCGGGAACUGAACCUGAGGUACGGGUAUACGAGAAUCUCGAUUGACCUGUACGAGAAGAUCUUCCGCCGGCGGGAUGAAAACUUCAAGAAUAACUUCGAAGAUGCGCUCAGGCUUUAUGAUACGGACUACGCCGUUCGCAAACCGCUCGUACCGUCGGAAAUGCGUCACUACCCGAACUACGCGGUCUGCAUAAUCCGGGGCUUUCCGGGCACGAUUCGUUUGCCCUGUUUGGACUUGCGGGUGGCCGAGUAUUCCCAGAUCGCCCUACAGAUUUACCGCCGUCAGGUGGGCGUUCUGUUCCGCCAUCGGCCGGUAGUUUUCGGACAAACGCUCACCUCGCCGGUGUUCAUGAAACCGAACCACUACGACACGUACAAGAUUAUUGCGACCACUCCGAUUACUCCUCCGCUGGCGGUAAAGGUUCCGCUUCCGGAGCAACUCUACUCGCUUGACCCGCAGGUAUCGAAGAGCCUCGAAGAGAUCAAGUAUCGGCUGCUCACCUGGCUCGUGUCGGACACGCUUACUUUCGAGGAAGUAUGCCACAUCAACCCGAAGUAUCUGCUGGACGUUUUCACGCUGUACUUUUUGGUUGAGAGAGACCUCCUGGACAUCACCACGGCCGACAUCAUCCUGGUGACGAUCGACGACUGCAUCAAGAACAUAAUCCCGCGCCAGAUUCCGUUGCAGCGGCCGCGCAAACCCAACGUCACGACCAGCUUCGUGUACACCAAUUUCUACGCGUUGAUGUACUUCAACGCCGAGACGGCCGGAAUGCGCCAGGAGCUGGACAACACAUUCCUCUGCAAAUUCGACGGGGUGUACUUCAACCUGAUUGUCGAUCAUCUGCGGUACGAUACGGCCCUGUUGGCAUCCAAGCUGGAGUCCAUCCAGUCGUACCGGGUGUACGCCAAACUGGCCAACCGGGUCAAGGUCGAGGUAGGAGCGGGGGAUGGUUUUGGCGGGAUGAUACAGACGACCAUCAAGGCCGAACCGGACUGGGAAAUGACACCGAAGGCGUACGGAGAGCCACCGAGAAAGAUCAGUCGGUGGAAUUAGAUCUAAGGACUGUUAAAUUUGUUUUGAAUUGACUGUUGAAUUUGGGUUUGAACUACGUAACGAUGAAAAUAUGCUGAAUAUAACAUAUUGAUUCCUAGAGCGCUCGAGGCGGUAAACUA